UCCUACGCCGUGGGGGCCACGCUGACGUACAGGUGCCGCCCAGGGUACACGGCGGCCAUGGGCAAGUCCCCCGUGGUCACCUGCACCCCUGACUCCACCUGGUUGGCGAACCCCGACUUCUGCAUCGGAAAGUCCUGCGGUCCCCCAGACAUCGCCAAUGGCAACUUUAACCACACGGUUGAACUCCUGUUUGGGGUGACAAUAACCUUCACCUGUAACAGCGGCUUCUUGCUGUUGCUUUUCCAUGCAGUUAUUCGCUGUUUACCACCUCCUGCGAUCGAGAAUGGGCAGUUCACCGCUGAGGACGGAGACUUCACCUUCGGCACGGCUGUCACCUACCACUGUAACAGCGGAUUUGCUCGUAUUGGAGAUGCCACUAUUCACUGUACGACGGGUGAUAACCUCGAGGGAACGUGGAGCGGUCCAGCCCCUGAAUGCAAAGUGGUCAGAUGUGUAAAUCCACAAGUGAACAAUGCGAGAAGGUUAUCUGGCUUCGGCACGGCGCACACGUAUAAAGAUACCGUGGUCUUUGAGUGUAAUCCUGGUCAUUUAUUGAACGGUAGUAGUGUCGUUACUUGUGAAGCGGACAGUACCUGGAAGCCGCCUCUGCCAACCUGUGACCCAAAGGUGACGUGUCCUCGGCCACCGAACAUCGCCAACGGGCUGCACAGUGGACAGUCCUUGGACAAGUUUUCCCGGGGAGUGACCGUGUACUACGGCUGCAAGUAUGGCUACGAGCUGAUUGGGAACGUGUCCAUCAACUGCACGGAGGUCGGGGUGUGGAGCAGGCCCCUGCCCCGCUGCAAAGCAAUCGGCUGUGAGGCACCCACGGCGCAGAAUGGGAAGGUCUACAAGCUGCAGAGCACCUACAAAGCUGGAGACACUCUUUGGUUCAACUGCAAUGCCGGUUACGCCGCAGAGGGCAACGAGGCUCAGUGCCAGCCAGGGGGGACGUGGGAUCCGCCGGUGCUCAUCUGCGAGAGGGUCCGACCAUGCCCCAUGCCUCCGGAGAUCCCCAAUGGAAAUCACAACGUCGAGGGCAAAGAAGAUUUUAGCAUGGGAAUGUCUUGUCACGAGGGUUACAGCCUGCGAGGCAGUGCUGAGGUCUUCUGCCAGGAGGAUGGCAGCUGGCACCCUCCUGUUCCCGUCUGCGACAGACUGUACCAUUACCAGGAGUUCUCAAGCAGGCCUGAAUUUCGAGGGAAACAAUGCAAUCAUCCUGGUGAACCUGUGAAUGGGAAAAUUAUUUUCCUAACAGAUCUCCUGUUUGGGUCAACAGUGCGCUACAGCUGUGAAGAAGGGCACAGGUUAAUUGGACAAUCCAGCAGACGAUGUGAGAUUUCUGGUAGACACGUUGCAUGGAGUGGUGACAUUCCCAUUUGUCAGCGGAUCCCUUGUGAGCCGCCUCCAGACAUUCCCAACGGGAAGCACACGGGCAGGCUGCUGGAUGAAUUCAACUUCGGCACAUCUGUAACAUACACCUGCAACCCCGGGUACCCGCUCCACGGAGAGCCCUCCAUCUACUGCACCAGCCGGGACGGGAAAAACGGCGUGUGGAGCGGGCCGCCCCCGCGGUGCGGAGAGGCGAGAUGUCCUGUCCCACGGGUCCAGAAUGGGAGAAUAGUGUCCCCUAGGACUGCCUACACCCACAAGGACACGGUUGCCUUUGAGUCUGGCUGCAAUGCACCUACCAGACUGGCGUUUGCUGAGCUGAAGGAGCCCUACAGCAACCAGACCGUCUUUCCCGUGGGGAGGACGGUGGAAUACGUGUGCCGGCCUGGGUACAGCCAGCACCUGGGGAUGCCACCGGCCAUCACAUGCCUCAGGAAUCGGACAUGGUCUGUGGCUCCGGAGUUCUGCAAAAGGAAACAAUGCGCUAACCCAGGGGAUCCGGAGAAUGGCAGAGCUGUCGUCCUGACGGACCUUCUCUUCGGGUCCAAAGUUAAUUACACCUGUGACACAGGGCACAAGUUGGUUGGAGAGUCUCAGAGAACAUGCGAGGUAUCCGGCACACGUGUCGCGUGGAGUGGAGAUGCUCCUGUCUGCCAGCGUGUCGUCUGCGAUCCGCCUCCGGACAUCCCCCACGGGAGGCACAGCGGGCACUCGAUGGACACCUUCUCCUACGCGGACGUGGUCACCUACACUUGCGACCCCGGCCACUCUCUGGCAGGAGAGCCCUCCAUCUUCUGCACGACCGCAGACGGGCAGCACGGCGUGUGGAGCGGGCCGCCGCCGCGGUGCAGAGAGGUGAAGUGUCCUCCCCCUCCAGGCAUCGCCAAUGGGAAGCACAGCGGCCAGCCCUCGGACACCCACCUCCCAGGCUCGGCUGUGCAGUACACCUGCAGGGAUGGCUACUCCCUCAUCGGGAACGCCUCCAUUAGCUGUACCAUCGAGGGAACAUGGAGCCGGCCUCUGCCCCGAUGUGAAGCAACCGGCUGCAAAAGACCAGAGAUCGAGAACGGAAGAGCAACUGGGCUGGAGACCACGUACAGACUCAUGGAUAUCGUUGUCUUUGAAUGCAAUUUUGGUUAUGCCUUGAAGGGCUCUCAAGAGUCUCAGUGCAAGUUUGGGGGCACAUGGGAUCCUCCUGUCCCCAUCUGUGAAAAAAUGCCACAGUGUCCUUCCCCUCCAAAUAUCAAAAACGGCCAGCAUGAGAGCAAGGAUGUGAAAGUGUUCAUCCCUGGAACAUCAGUGAAGUACUACUGUGACCCGGGGUAUGUUCUCACUGGGAAAACAACAGUUUCUUGUUUGACCUCUGGAACCUGGAGCAUCCCUUACCCCCGGUGUGAAGUGAUCACCUGCACAAGCCCCAGGAUCCAGAACGGAGAUGUGGCUGAAGGACAGAGCGCCGUGUACCAUCCCGGGGCCAACGUCACCUUCCAGUGCCGCCCGGGCUACGUGCUGUGGGGCAGCCGUGAAGCCAAGUGCCAUCCCGAUGGCCGCUGGGUGCCCGCUGUCCCCACCUGCGAGCCAGCGCUGCCUUGUCCUCCACCUCCCGCCAUCGCCCACGCCACGCACAGCGCGGAGCUCGAGGCAAACUUCACCAGCGGCAUGUCCGUGAGCUACAGCUGCCAGCCCGGCUUCGCCCUCCUCGGAGACCCCUCUGUCUCCUGCACGGCCGCGGGGAACUGGAGCCUCCCGUACCCACGCUGCGCAGUGCUGCAAUGCCCUUCACCUCCAAAUAUUGACAAAGGAAAUCACAACAGCCAAGACUUGGAAGUUUUCACUACUGGGAUGGUUGUAAAUUACAGCUGUGACCCUGGCUACCGCCUCCUGGGAGAGGCAUCGAUUUACUGCACCGACUCUGGAAACUGGAGCCUCCCUCUUCCUCAGUGUGCAGCAGUGAAGUGUCUGCCUCCUCCAAGCAUUGCGAACGGAGACCACAGCAGUCAUUUGUCCGACACUUUUGAUGUAGGAGCACUAGUGCACUACCGCUGCAAACACGGCUUCUCCCUCGUUGGGAUUGUGAAGUGUCUCCAUCCUCCAAACAUUACCAACGGGAAGCUCAAAGGCAACAUCUCUGAGGCUUUUUCCUAUGGAGCAUCUGUAUCCUACAGCUGCAAUCCUGGUUAUUCACUCGUUGGGGAUGCUUUCAUCAACUGCACGGUGUCAGGAACCUGGAGCCAGCCUCCUCCUCGCUGCAAAGAGAUCAGAUGUGUACUCCCAGAAGUUCAAGGUGUUAAGAAAGACAUAAAAGGAAAUACUUAUCGCUCUGGGACUAACAUCACUCUUGAAUGUGAUGAUGGUUACACGUUGGAAGGCAUCAGUCAGAUUCAGUGCCAAGAGGACUUCAGCUGGGACCCCCCUGUACCAGCCUGUAAACUGACAUCACCCAAGUCUGGUUCAGUGGGCCUAGGAGCCGCAGCUGCAGGAGCCCUGCUUCUCCUGGGGGCAGGCAUUCUCUGGAAAAUUAUUUCUCAGCAGAAGAAGGGCUAUUACCAUACAUAUGAAAACCACAGUUAUGAAACUGAACAGAAAUGUUCAUGUCUUCCAUAG